CUCCUCCUCCAGCUCCAUGUGAUCAAGUGAACCAGUCAGCUGACUGGCUGCUCGGACACUGACGCUGUGUGAGUCACUCCGCUUCCCCGAACAGAGCGACCCCAGGACCGCCCUAGAGCACGGUUCCUCUCCCUGGAUAACGGUUACGGGUUCCAAGACCAACACCUGGUUAACACCGCAAUCCGCAGACUAAACGAGCCGUUUCGCCGGGACUAGAUCAGCCGUCUGACUAUUCUCCUCUCUCUCCUCCGUCGGCCCUGGCCGGUUGGUUGCCAUGGUUCCCAGAGGAGGGGGCUCUCCCUCGGACCCGGCCCUGGGGGGGGGGGCUCCGGCGGGGGUCCCCGGUGUGGGGCUGAGGCUGGGGGCUCUGGGCGUGCUGCUCCUCUCCAGCCUGCUCUUCGGGUUCCUGCCCUUCUGUGUGGUGCGACGGGCGGGGGGGCUGGGCCUGCACCCAGAGAGGCAGCGCCGCUGGCUGGGUCUGCUGAGCUGCUUCGCCUGCGGGGUGUUCCUGGCCACCUGCCUGCUGGACCUGCUCCCCGACUACCUGGAGGGCAUGACCCAGGCCUGCAACACCGCAGGGCUCAAGUCCAAGUUCCCCCUGCCAGAGUUCAUCAUGGCCAUGGGCUUCUUCCUGGUGCUGGUCCUUGAGCAGAUCGUCCUCGCCUUCAAAAACCCGGGACCCGCCCCCGCCUCCGAGGACCGCCGCUCCCUAUUGGUCGACGCCAACAUCAAAUCGCGUGCGUCGAUGGAUCGCAGCCACUCCCACUGCCACCAGGGGGAGGAGGGGGAGGGGGGCGGCCACCUCCAGGUGGACGUCACCUCGCGCUCGGCGCUCAGGGCCUUCAUCCUGGUGUUCUCGCUGUCGCUGCACUCGGUGUUCGAGGGGCUGGCGGUGGGCCUGCUGGGCGACGGCGCCCGGGUGGCGGAGGUCUGCGCGGCGCUGCUCCUCCACAAGAGCGUCGUCUCCUUCAGCCUGUCCCUGACGCUGGUGCAGGCGCGGCUGCGGCGGCCCGUGGUGGCCGGCGGCGCGCUGCUCUUCGCCGCCACGUCCCCGCUGGGCGUCGGGCUGGGGCUGCUGCUGACGGAGGCGCGGGCCUCGCCGCAGCACCUGGUGGCCCGCUCCACCCUGGAGGGCGUGGCCGCCGGCACCUUCCUCUACAUCACCUUCCUGGAGAUCCUGCCCCACGAGCUGAGCUCCGGCCGCGACCGGCUGGCCAGGGUGGGCGCGCUGCUGCUGGGCUUCUCCGCGGUGACCGGCGCCCUCUUCAUCCAGCUGUAGCCGCGGUCGGACCGCCGAGAGAGGGACAGGAAGGACGAGACGUGCGUUUCCUGUUGGGACGGUUGCAGGCGACGGCAUGCAUAUACGCCGUGGUGCUAGACCGAAUGUUGUCGCUCGCUGCCGAGCCUGAUUCAUGGUUUUAUCAUUUGUUUUGUAAUAAGUUGGAAAAUUCGUGGCAAAAGAAAUGACCACAACACUAGAGAAUUCUGAUGAAAUCAGAAAGAUCACUUCUGCAUUCCAGUGAAAAUAAUCUGGACUACAUUUUAAUAUAUAUAUGAAUAUGUAAAUCAGUUACAAUAAGAUCAUUCCCAGUAGAUCUUGAACUCUUCUAUCACGAUACUGAUAUCACUUACGUUUCCUGUCAGGUGACAGUCGACACUUUCGAUAGUUAUUUCCUUGAUGCGUUGCCUUCAACAAAAUGGGGUCUCCUCAUCCGGACCUUAAUGACGACGUUACUAAACAUCUCAAACGCAGUGCCAGACAAGUCCUCACUGUUUCACAAUUUCCUCUCCGAGUCGAAAGCGGGUGUGGACCAAACUGUGGGUUCUGUGGUCUCAGCAUACAACGAAAAAAGAAAACACAUUCUAACAGCAACUCGACUUGUCUGUCUUGUGGUACGAUAAAGAUUCUGAAUAUGCCCUUCUCCUCUUGCGUUUGAGGAGAAGCUUUCACUGAGAGCAUCCAGAAGGCCACUGCUGCUGAGCCACACAAUCACUGGGCUGUUUGAGAAACACCCUGCAAGUUACUGGCCUUCACUUGGUGAUGACAUUUGUCCAACACUUGUCAAAUAUACGUUUAAAAAAAAUAUUUUAAUUAAUUCCGUUGUCUCUGUGCCCAAAGAACGUUUGUAUGAGAUGAGUAUGAGUAUGAAAUAGUCUAAUGACUGCAGUUAAUUUAGGAUCUUUUGUCCUCAACUCUUUUGUAAUUCAAUGAAUGUAUAUUUAUUUCGACACUAUUAAACUUUGGACACUUGUUAUAUCCCGUG